GCUCAGUUCCGUAGUCAGUUUUCCAGUUAGUGGACGUGUCGCGGGUCGCUACGGGACCUCCGCCGAUUUUACUGUUAGUUUCGCAAAGUGCGUGUUAAAAAUAGCGAAAAAAUCCGAAACUCCCUAUUCCAGAGAUAGUACAAAAAUUUAAAAUAAAACUUUGCCAGGCUUUGCCAGUGAAAAUUAGAAAAAGAAAAACUCAUUUUACCGGCACUAACCGAAAGUGAAAAGUGUGUCCUCCCCCUUGAGUUGGAUGUUUGAUUAUCGAGGCUUCGAGACUUCCGGGUUCCAGCCAAAUGGCUAAAUGGAGUGCCAUGCUCCAGUCUCCAAAUGCUACGAACAGCUCUGUGUCUACGAAUAACUCGUUGCGUAGAAAACCGCACAGGCCCUAAUCUCUGACCGUUCCGUCCCCCCACGUCCUGCUACGCCCUCGCCCUCGUCUCCGUCCCGCCCCCUUCCCAACCAAACCAACUUGGAUAUAAAUCAGAAAUCGGGUGAAAUGAAAUGAAACGAAUAUAAAUGAAAAUAAGUCACUCGCCAAGCAAAGAGAGGCGAGCCAAGUUCACGGAAAUAGCCACAGCAAAAGAAAUCUUAAAUCGAAACGAAUGAAAUCAAAACAUCAAAGUCGAGUAACGCGACCAACACGAAAGAAAUCACAGAAAUUGCACCUGCACCUGCAACUGCAACAGCAACAUCGCAACACUGCAACAUAAACAAACACUAGUGCAAACUAGUGCAGAAGAAUUAUUCUUGAAGAUGAAGCUCACAUAUAGCAACCUGGGGGGCAGCGGAAACGGAAUUGGGAUCGGUAACGGAAACGGAAACGGCAGCAAGAUGUCUCUGGGAAAAUCCAUCAAAAUGUACCUGACAAUAUUCAUAGCAACCACCUGCAUCUACAUGGUGCUGUACCAGUACCACAUAUCCCAGGAACCCUUUGCCGGCAGCGAAGUUGUCAAGCAUCAAGAGAAAUCAUCGUCAUAUAUCGCUUCAUAUUUGUGGUCACCCAUUUCCCUGUUAAUGGCUAAUAAUUCCAUUCAGACCAACUCAAAUCCCUUACCAACAACAACCACAACAUCAACAAAAACAAUCACAACAACUACAUCAGAUUCAACAACCACAAAAGCAACAAUAUCCCAAAAAUUGGGAAUAUCUUCCGAUUCCAUUGAAACGGUUUCAUUAAUAGCCACCAGACCGACUUUGAUAUCCUCGCGAUUGGAUUUGAGAUCGGGAUUAAGAUCGGGAUCGGGAUCGGGAUCGGGAUCGGUGGGUGGUGGCCAUCAUAAGACUGUAAUCAUUAAGACAAGCACCACACCAACAACAACAACAGCAACAACAACAACAUCGACAAGCCCGGCCAGUGGGCUUGUGACAACAAAAUUAGCCACAACCACAGCCAAACCGAAAGCCAAACAAUCCGCGGCUGCCAAGUCCAUUACCGCCCACUCGGACCACGCCCAUAAGACUCGACCAACAUUCGUUGCCGUCUCUCAGCCCCCGCCCCUGUACAUAAUCACGCCCACCUACCGACGACCCGAACAGACGGCAGAGCUCACCCGGCUGGGCUAUACGCUGAAGCACGUGGCGAAUCUCCUCUGGCUGGUCAUCGAGGACGCCAACAAAACGAACCCCCUGGUGGCGCACACCCUUGACCGGAUUGGAGUGCCCUACGAGUACAUGGUGGCACCCAUGCCGGAAAAGUACAAGCAGACGAAACGAGCGAAACCGCGAGGCGUCUCCAAUCGGAAUCGGGGCCUCCAGUAUCUCCGGCAGCAUGCCACCGAGGGUGUGCUCUACUUCGCCGACGACGACAACACCUACGACAUUAGCAUAUUCGAACAGAUGCGGUAUAUCAACAAGGUGGCCAUGUGGCCAGUGGGCUUGGUAACAAAAACUGGUGUUAGUAGCCCCAUAAUUCAGAACGGGAAGCUAGUUGGCUUCUAUGAUGGCUGGAUCGGAGGACGCAAAUACCCUGUCGAUAUGGCAGGGUUCGCGGUUAGCGUCAAGUUCUUGAAGGAACGACCCAAAGCGGAGAUGCCCUUCAAGCCAGGAUACGAGGAGGAUGGAUUUUUGCGGAGCCUGGCGCCGCUGGACAAUUCCGAAAUUGAAUUGUUGGCCGAUGAGUGUCGAGAUGUCCUCACGUGGCAUACGCAGACCAAGAAGAAUGCACCAGCGCAGGCGCUCAAUAGAACGCGAUACCGCGAUACAAACCUGGAGUUUAUAGACAAGCUGCUGGUGCGCCCGUAGGAGUAUUUACUGUAGUUAGCUAGGCUAGGUUAGGCUUAGCUAGGAGCUUACUUGAUGGGGAGGGCCAGGGCGUCUGGCGGUGCCUCUGGCGGGUUGUACAGGUAUAACCUGGAGCGCAUUUUUGAUCAGAUCAGCCGGCAGUGUAUAUUUGGUGGUAACAACUAAAAAAAAUAAUAAUUAGGCUCUAAGCGCACAAACCUCUAUGAUAAUUGAUAAUUGAUAUUGCACCGUAGACUUUGUUUGACCCCAAAAAACGGCUUUAUCGUAACCUUUACAUUCGUAAUUCAUACCUUAAGUAACAUAUUGUAUCAUAUCGCAACGUCCUCGACUUGUUUGUAAAUAUUAUUAAUCGCAAUUCUUGCGUUAAGUUUAGAUAUAAAUUAUAGCUUGUGCUUUAAGUUUAGGUUGAACCAGAUAAGAGGAUGGAUUUCCAAGCCAGCAACGAAUCGCAUCGGAUGUUCCUAGACCAAAGAAAUAACCAAAUGAAUCUAUCCCCAGGGAAAUUGCAAUUACCCGGUUGAAGUCAAGGCCAGGAAUACCACAUCAACAAUCAAUUAGGGCAAGGUGUCAAAAAAUACAAAAAACACAAAAACAAAAACAGAGAAUAUAAAAACAAAAGUUAUUUUGCCAAGUACUCCGGGCCCCAAUGCUCUUCAAUAAUUCAUGACGACAUAUGGAUUUUCGAGGUAGAGAGAUAAAAUGUAGCACGGAUGAACACCAUGCCCCGCCGAAUCGCGUGCCACACCAGACCGGCACGCCACCUGGUAGGACGUGGUUGUAAGCCUUGUAAUAGGACUGAAUGGCUCAAAAAUUUUCGGCGAAUUCGGCAAUAAUCAAUUCCAUUCCCAGGACACUAAACGAUCCUUGAUUGAACGGAAAACUAUCUGAAGGCCUGCGAUUUUUUUGCGUAUUAUUUCCGCAAAUGGGUUUCCACGCAACAAUUUUAUUGUCACUACUCAUAAGUUACGCUAACACUAAGUUAAGUUUGUGAAAAGGUUUAUAUAUAUUCAAGUUAUGAACUGCACUGAAAUCGCCUACAUGUAAAUACUAAUCACAGAAUAUUAUAUAUAUUGUAACCAAACUUUUACACGUCCCGCAAAAAAAAUGAAAAAAAAUUUGCAAAAGUGAAAUGCGCAAGUGAGGAGGAGGAAUGGAAAGGAAACUAUGACAAAUGGUAUUACGAAAUUUAUACAAUUUAUACAAUUGAAUAUAUUAUAUAUAAUGAAAUAUGAAUAAGCCGCAAAGCAAUUAGUUAGGUACUUACAAAAUCUUACGAGAAUAAACCAAGAAGAAUAAAUCAACAAAUUAUUGAAUCUUUAAAAGAAAAUCAACUUUUUCAAAGAAUAUAUCUCAAAUGUUUCACCCAGAAUACUAACGAUAAUGAAAGAUAUGUCUAAAACCUAUUCUCUUAUUCAAAUAAAUUACAACAUACAAUGUUUAAACCUGGCAGGACUUAAAGCAAGGAACUUCAAUCAUUUUGUAAGCAAAAAACCAAAAUACAAAUAACAUUCAAUAAAAAAGAUAAACUUUUCUUAACAAUUUUCAAAACAAA